UCUAUUUUUUGUACACCCCUAGCUCUUAGAGGCUUGACCAACCAAUAAGCUAUUUUUUUGUGUUUGGUGGGGGAGCGGAAUAAGCGGAUAGGAAUUAGUGGAUUUGCCUCAAUCCGCUGAUUUCCCAAAAUUUACUUCAAUAAGCCCAAAUUUGAGGAAGAAGCAAUACAUUUUCGAUUUUCCCGCCUUCAACGUUCACCAACAAACAAUGGAGAAAUUGAAACCUUUCUCUCCAUUUCGACUCUCUGCUCUUCUUCGACAACAAAAAGACCCAAAACUUGCCCUCAAUCUCUUCCUAAACCCUAAUUCUAACAAUAAACCCUACCCAUAUUCCCUCCUUUCCUAUGAUCUCAUCAUUACCAAACUUGGCCGAGCAAAAAUGUUCGAUGAAUUGGAACUAAUCCUGUCAAAAUUGAAGCUUGAAACUCGUUUUACACCUACAGAAAUCAUUUUCUGCAAUGUAAUUACUUAUUAUGCUCAAGCUCGAUUGCCCGAAAGAGCACUCCAUGUGUUCGAUGAAAUUCCCUCGUUUCGAUGUCCAAGAACGGUGAAAUCCUUGAAUACUCUGUUAAAUGGAUUAUUAAUUUGUCGGGAAUUUGAUAAAUUGGAAAGGGUUUUUGUGGGUAUUGAUUGGUUUGCUUCCCCAGAUGUUUGUAGUUAUAAUAUCAUGAUUAAUUCUUAUAGGGUGCGGAAUGAUAUGGAGAGUGCAUGGAAGAUGUUUGAUGAAAUGCGUGAGAGAAGGGUUCGGCCUAAUGAGGUGACUUUUUCUACGUUGAUUACGGGGCUUUGUGCGAGUUUGAAGGUGAAGGAGGCGCUUAGGUUGAAGAAAGAUAUGACCCGGGUUUACAAUGUUGAACCUACAUUUUAUGUUUAUGCUUCAUUGAUCAAGGGGUUUUGUGAGAUUAAAGAGUUGAAUUUGGCAUUUAAACUUAAGGAUGAGAUGCUAGAAAAGAACGUUGAAGUGGAUUCGGCUAUUUAUACUACUUUGAUUAGUGGUCUUUUUAAGGUUGGGCGAAAGGAUGAGGUUGUUGUUGUGUUGGAGGAGAUGAAAAGAAUUGGGUGUUUGCCUAACACCGUGACUUAUAAUGCUCUCAUUAGUGGAUAUUGUGCCGAGAAGCGUUUUGACUUAGCAUUGGAGGUUUUAAAUGAGAUGGAAGGGAAAACAUGUAAACCUGAUGUCAUUAGUUAUAAUGUGUUGAUCAAAGCCUAUUUCAACGAGGGAAAAAUAAGAGAAGCCACUGAUUUAUUUGAAGAUAUGCCUAGGCGAGGAUGUAAACCUGAUGUUGUGUCUUAUCGGAUAGUUGUUCAGGGGCUUCUUUCUGGGAUGAAACUGAAGGAAGUGGCAUUUAUUUUGGAUGAAAUGGUGUUCAAGGGUUAUGCCCCUCAUCUUUUGACUGUUAACAAAUUUAUGAACCUUCUGUGUGAAGAAGGGGAUUUGGAAUUGUUGUUUGAAGUAGUAAAUAUUCUAGCCAAAGGAAAUUAUAUUGACACCAAUUCUUGGACAUUAGCUGUUUCAGCCAUUUCCUCGAAUUAUGAGCUAUUGGAUUUCCAUGAUGUUUCAAUGCUUUAGCUAAUCCAUAUACUGCGACUCCUUGAGCUUCCUUCGAUAAUUCUUGUGUCACUGUAUAACUUUAUUACUUUAUAUAACAUUUGGGCUGCAUUGCUUGAUGGCUAAUCACAUGUAUUUGGGUCUGAAUAAUUUAACUUAUUUUGGCA